UCAUCAUCAAGUUCCUCUCCGUCAUGCAGAAGCACGGCUACAUUGGCGAGUUCGAGGAGGUCGAUGACCACCGUUCCGGCAAGAUCGUUAUCCAGCUCAACGGUCGCCUCAACAAGACCGGUGUCAUCAACCCCCGCUACCCCGUCCAGCUCCGUGACCUCGAGAAGUGGACCACCCAGCUCCUCCCCUCCCGUCAGUUCGGUUUCGUCGUUCUGACCACCUCUGCUGGUAUCAUGGACCACGAGGAGGCUCGUCGCAAGCACGUUGCUGGCAAGCUCCUCGGUUUCUUCUACUAAAAAGUUUCAUCUGGCGAUGUCCUGAAAUGAUUGGAAUAUGACUUGUUAUGAUGUGGACGAGGGAUGUGCUCUCUGUUGCUUGUCUUGGCGGAGAGUUUUCGGAAUCGAUACCCCCGGCAGAAACGCCAUAGAUAGUUUAUUGAUUUAGAGUGAUCUCGUCCAACCAAACAAGGAUCCUUUCCGUCGUUUCA